AUCAUCUCAUCCUCGCCGAUAUUGUAAAUAUUUCUCAAGAGGAAAAAGGGCGGAAUAUGUCUUCCUUCAAGCGACGCGUUCCUUCAACUAAGCCAUCUACUUCUACAUCUCAGACACCGUCUAUCCCAUCGACCUCCGAACCUCCCAGCAUCUCCACUCCUGAGUCUGCCUCGCCACACCCGUCGUCUUUGAGCUCGCAUCCCUCCCUCCGUCCCUCUCCAACCUCGUCAUCUACUCUGCUCACCUCAACAGGUCUCCCCUCACUCGAUGAUAUCCUCGGCGGUGGUCUCCCCCUCUCUUGCUCCUUUCUCGUGCUCGCACCAGAUGUGCAUUCGGCGUACGGAGAACUAGUAUGCAAGUAUGCCGUUAGCAUGGGAUUGGCGGGUGGGAUGGCCGUAUGGGUCGUUGGUGGGCAGGGGAAUAUCGAGGAGAAAGAGUGGGUGGAGGAAUGUAUGUGGAUGCCCGGAGUCGGCGGUUUAAAGGCGGGGCAGGGGCAGGAACAGGCGCAGGAUGACGGUGAAAAGGAGACGGAUGGAGAGGAUGGAGAGGGUGAGGAAGGGAGUAAGAUCAAGAUCGCGUGGAGGUAUGAGCAGAUGAAGAAGUUUCAGACGACGGUGAACGCUUCGAACGCCUCAAACGAGGACUUCUGCCGUACAUUCGACCUCACAAAUCGCAUUCCCCCCAUCAUCCUCUCCCAAGCCCGCAAAUCAUCCCUCCUACACACCCUUCCCCUUCCCCUUCCCCUUCUUGAAACCCCCUCCUCGUGCGAAUCACAUAAUAUCACUUCCAUGCAAUCGAUAUUGCGAAAAUUGAAGGAGAUGCUGGAGCGCUCGGAUGCACAAAUCCCCGUGCGGAUAUGCGUGCCUUCGCUGGGUUCGCCCGAAUGGGGCGAUUUGACGCCUGUGGACAUAACGCGCUUCCUACACACGCUCCGCCACCUCCUACGCACGCACCCCCACGCCUGCGCCACCAUCUCGCUCUCGCCCGAGCUUUCCAGCGAGACGUGGGGUGGACAGGGAUGGCCGGAGAAAUUAGGAUGGUUGAGCGAUGGGUGUGUUUGUUUUGAGGCGUUUAGCGCCGACCCGGCCCUAACCUCCCUCCUCCCCUCACACCACGGCCUCCUCCGCAUCCUCACCCUCCCCAACCCACACACCCUCCUCCCGCCCUCCGAUCGGUUCUCGACGUUGAGAGGUCUGGGCGAGGCGGGAGGCGGAGGAGAGAAUAAUUUGGCGUUUAGGUGUUUGAGGAAGAGGAUGGUGGUGGAGAGGUUGAGUUUGGAUGUGGAGGGGGGAGUGGGGGAGAGGAGGACUAAGAAGGCUGGGGGUGAGGGGACGGGGGUGGGUGGGGUGGUGGGGGCGGUAGAGGGGAGGCAUGAGCAUGGACAUGCACGUGGGGCGAAGGAGAAGGAGAAGGCGGUGGCGAGGGUGGAGGUGAGAGUCGAUGAGGGCGCUGGGGAUGUGGCUGCCGCCAAAACAGAUAUGGAUACGGCGGAGAAAGCGAAGCCGAAGAAAGAGAGGAAGAAGGUCGCGUUUAGGAGCGAUAAACCUGAUUUGUAUGAUUUUUGA